UGCUAACAGCGCCAGAAGACGACUAGCGGUGAAAUUGAGUGGAGAAAAAAUGGCGGAUAACGAGCGUAAAAGGAGGGGUAACACCGACGACAGAGGGCCGCAGGAGGAGGGAGGCAGAGUGAAAACUAAGCCUGUCUCUUGUAGCACUGUGGGGGGAGAAGGGACCGCAGUCAAACGCACAUCCCAGCAUCUCACCCACGAAGAUGAAGACGAGUCUUCAGCAGACCCACCAGCACCAACCAAAGUCUCCAAAAUAGGCUUCAGCAUGAGCAGUCAAUUGGGGAAGAAAACAAACCCCAUAUCUAUUAAACUGGGAGCACCGAAGCCCAAAGAGACUGCGCCAUCACUUCCUGCAAAAAAGCUGGGCCUAGCGUCUGUUUUUAAUGAGGAUGAUGAUAGUGAACCUGAGGAGAUGCCUCCAGAAGCAAAGAUGAGGAUGAAGAACAUUGGGAGGGAAACGCCAACAUCUGCAGGACCUAAUUCCUUCAACAAGGGCAAACAGGGAUUUUCUGAUCAUCAAAAGCUUUGGGAAAGGAAGCUAAAGUCCCAAGCAGAAAACCUGUAAAUAACUACAGCAAAUUUUGUCACUACUAGCUAAUUUUGUAUAGGUUAACCAUGUUAAAUAUCAGUGAAGGCUCAGAUAAUUAGUCAUUAGAGUCCUAGUUUUUCCAACUUCUCUGUGGGUUUGUGAUGAUGAGUACUUUAAGCCUGCUUUGAUUGUGACUGAAUUUGUAUUUCCGCUUUGAAAUACUGGUUGACCUCUGUGUAAAAGGUGUGAACUGGUGAUGAAAAGAAAUUCCCCACUGUGAUGGCUACAAUUGUAUUUGCUUUUUUAGGUUAAUGAAAAAAAACAAAACUCUCACCUUACACCCCACAUUUUCCUUUGCUCCUAUCCAAAGCUGGUGAGCAAGUGUGCUGCUUGCUUAAUUUCUGUGUAAAAAUGUAAAUAGGAGUGCCACAGUGUUUUAUUUUUAAAAUGCCACAAAUCAGAGUGUGAGGCCCAUGCUGUCUUGAGUGUGAAGUACACUAGGCAUGGCAUGAGUUUGUCAGUUUCAGAUCCUUGGUUUUCACCGGCUGUGCCACCUCAGUGUUUAUGUUAUGCUUGCUUUCUUUUACCCAUUCAGGCUAAUUACUGUAGAAAUAUGUCUGAUUUCAUUUUUAUGUCCAAAACUAAUAUGUCUGUAGUUGACCUCUGUGUGAAACCCAGACUGAAUGCGGCAUGAUGUGGAUACCAGGGUGCGGGUAACAGUGCUGUUGAUAUGUUAAUCAGGCCAAUUUUAAGUUGCACCUCACUGAUAUACAUUGUGCUUUACAGUCUGGGGGAAAUCCAUCUUAAUGAGAAAUAUGAACUUUGAAUUUCUGUGGGUUGAGUGUUCUGUUAACUUCCCCUAAUAAAUUCAAUCAACGUUAUGCUGAAAUCUG